AUGCAGCGCAAGGCUCUCAAGCAGCUCAACAAGGUCACACAAUGGACAAACGAGAAGGUCUUCUCUGGCGAGCGGACGCACUACUCUGAAGAGUUUGCAGAGUUUGAAGAUGAGAUCGAGCCCAUCCGCAAGGGCAUUGAACGCCUGCACGCGACCUCGGUGCCAUUCUACGAGCAAGUCUCAAAGGUCAAGCCCACAGCAGACCCCUACCCGCCGAGCGGCACGGGCGCCAAGGACAAGAUCAAUGUCGGCGAGGCUCUGGGCCUCGUCAUGAUCGACUAUGGAAACGACGCAGGUGGAAACUACGGUGAUGGUCUUAUCAAGUAUGGCCGCGCGAGGUGCAAGGUUGCAUCUGUUACCGAGGACUUUGGUGAACGCUUGCACGACUUUACAGAGUCCACCGAUGCCGCGCUGGCCGCGGUCAACGAGUACAAACUUUUCCGGAAGAAGAUGGACUCUAGGAGGUUGACCUUGGACUCGGCGCUCACCCGGUUGAAGUCGGCCAAGAAGGACAACCCAGCGUUGGAGCAAGAGGUCGAGAUUGCGCAGCAGAGAUUCGAGGAAGCCGAGGACGAGACCAAGCUUCGCAUGCUCAACAUCAAGCAUCAGGAGGCUGAACAGUUUGCCGCCCUGCAGGACAUUAUCGACGCCGAGUUUGAGUACUACACACGCUGUAGAGAUUUGCUCGAGAACUUGCGAGACACCUUCCCCUCAGAGCACAAGCCCCAGUCGCGUCCUCGCGCAAAGUCCAGCGUUUCGUCCAGGUCUGUUGGUGGCCGUACCCCCACUCGUCCAGCUCCUCACGUGAUGACAGACUCGGACGAUGACGGGCCCGUGACUCGCCCUCGUUCCGCCAGUCGCACGUCCCCCACUCGCAACGGCACUCGUAACCGCUCGGACAGCAGCGCGGGCCGCCCUCGGGCAGACAGUGCCGUCAACCGCACUCGUGCGGACAGCGUUACCAACCGUGCUCGUUCCGAUAGCAAUGCUUCCGCAAGCAAGGGCAAGACCCGCUCCAUCAUGGGCUCGAUCGGCAAGCUGGGCUCUAGCGCCUCCAAGAUGGCCUUUGGCAAGAAGGACGGCAACGUCAACCUUGCUUCUGACGAUGAGGAGCCAAAGCCUUACGACCCGCCCAUCGUCCGUCCGGGUAUCGGCAACCGUGCCCGGUCGCACUCGGUUGUGUCCGUUGUCACGGGCCUGGCGCCCUCGGAGAACGAGACGACACCUCGCCGUCGUGCUUUGACUUCGCCGUCCUCGCCCGUGGGCACCUUUGUCAAGGCGCUGUACGAGUUUGAGGGUCUCGAGUCGGACGAGCUUCCACUCCGCCGUGGACAGAUUAUCGAGGUCACAAAGGAGGUGUCUGCAGACUGGCUGCUCGGCGUCUGCGAGGGCAUGUCUGGCAUCUUCCCCAGGGCCUACACCGAGGAGUAUAUCCCUACGCCCCACGCGAGCGCACCUCUUACCGCCCGCCGUCUACCCCCUGUCAUGGGACGCAGCACAUCGAGGACCGAAACUUUGACGACAGACGACGAAACCGACAACGAGUCCAACACGGGCGAUGCGGACGAUGACAACACCCCAAUUGCGGCUGCUGCGCAGCCUGUGCCCACGUCGGGAAACCGGUCGCGUGCUGGCAGUCUCAGGAAGCCUGCUCCCCCUCCCCCUCCUUCCCGCCGUACCUCGAGCAACAACAACAUUGCCGCCCUCGCAAAGUCGCCUCCAUUUGGCCGCUCGCGAUCGAGCACAGUGUCCCGUUCGACACCACUCUCGACUUCAGAGGAGGAACGGUCGACGUACAAUGAGCCCUUCAAGGUAAAGGUCACGUCGCCGUUUGACCACAGCGACGACGAGUUCCACCAGCACUGA